AUGAAAUCCUCCAAGAUGAUGAGCUCCAAUCCCGAGGAAGACCCUUUGGACACGUUUCUCCAGUACAUUGAGGAUAUGGGGAUGAAGGCCUAUGAUGGCUUGGUUAUUCAGAACGCAUCAGACAUUGCUCGAGAGAACGAUCGCUUGAGAAACGAGACAAACCUGGCCUACUUGAAAGAGAAGAAUGAAAAACGCCGAAGACAGGAAGAAGCAAUAAAACGCAUAGGUGGAGAAGUGGGGCGAGGCCACGAAGGAACUUAUGUGGGCAAACAUUUCCGCAUGGGAUUCAUGACAAUGCCCGCGCCCCAGGACCGGCUGCCCCACCCUUGCUCCAGUGGCUUCUCCGUCAGGUCGCAGUCGCUGCAUUCGGUCGGGGGAACAGACGACGACAGCAGCUGUGGCUCCCGGAGACAACCACCCCCCAAGCCCAAGCGGGACCCCAGUACCAAGCUGAGCACGUCAUCUGAGACGGUCAACAGUACGGCGGCCAGUAAGAGCGGGAAAGGCCCCGAGCGGACCGAAGUGUCAACCAAACCAAGACCCCACAGUGAUGAAUAUUCAAAGAAGAUUCCUCCUCCCAAACCAAAACGGAACCCAAACACUCAGCUCAGCACAUCUUUUGACGAAACGUAUAUCAAAAAGCACGGACCCAGGAGGACCUCACUCCCGCGGGACUCCUCGCUCUGCCAGGUCAGCAGCCCCGCAGGGGACCCCGAGGAGGAAGAGCCCGUGUACAUUGAGAUGGUGGGGAACAUUCUCAGAGACUUCCGGAAGGACGAUGAGGACCAGAGUGAGGCCGUCUAUGAAGAAAUGAAAUACCCCAUUUUUGACGAUCUAGGCCAAGACUCAAAAUGUGACCUCGACCAUCACAGCUGUUCUUCACAGUGUGCUACUCCCACGGUGCCUGACCUGGACUUGGCCAAGUCCUCAGUGCCAUGUACUCCAAAGGGUUUGCUCUGUGACAUCCCCCCGCCCUUUCCCAACCUGCUGUCUCAUAGACCCCCGCUGCUGGUGUUCCCCCCGGCCCCGGUGCAGUGCUCGCCCAACUCGGAUGAGUCUCCGCUUACCCCUCUGGAGGUCACCAAGCUUCCAGUGUUGGAAAACGUGUCUUAUAUGAAACAGCAGGCCGGGGCCUCUCCAUCCUCCUUGCCAUCGCAUGCCUCCAGCCACGCCAAACUGGAGAAAGACCAGGCUGGAGCCCUGGGGCCAGUUCCCGCCGCCUCCGUGCUCUCCUCGUCCCCUCCCCCGCCCUCCACUCUGUACCGAACACAGUCUCCGCACGGCUACCCCAAAAGUCACUCCGCUUCCCCAUCGCCUGUCAGCAUGGGCAGGUCCCUGACCCCGCUCAGCCUCAAAAGGCCCCCGCCCUACGACGCCGUGCAUUCGGGCAGCCUCUCCAGGAGCUCGCCAUCAGUGCCUCACUCCACCCCCAGACCGGUGUCAGACGGGAGCAAGAUGGUCAACGCCGCGGUCAAUACCUACGGCUCGGCUCCGAGCGGCUCCCGGUCCAGAACCCCCACGAGUCCUUUGGAAGAGUUAACCAGCCUCUUUACCUCGGGGCGCAGCCUGCUGAGGAAGUCGUCCAGCGGCCGCCGCUCUAAAGAACCUGCAGAGAAAUCCACAGAGGAGCUGAAGGUUCGGAGCCACAGCACGGAGCCAAUACCAAAGUUGGACAGCAAAGAGAGAGGCCAUCAUGGGGCAUCGUCCUCCAGAGAGCCUAUCAAAGCUCAGGAAUGGGAUGGGACCCCUGGACCACCUGUGGUCACCAGCAGACUGGGAAGAUGCUCGGUGAGCCCCACAUUACUAGCAGGAAACCACAGCUCAGAACCGAAAGUCAGCUGCAAACUAGGGCGGUCGGCGUCCACAUCAGGUGUGCCCCCUCCAUCUGUUACUCCUCUCAGGCAAGCCAGUGACCUGCACCAGAGCCAGGUGGCAUGCAUGCAGUGGUUUCAUGGAGACCAUACAAUGCUUGAGAUGAUUGAGAAAAAGCGUUGCUUGUGCAAGGAAAUAAAAGCUAGACAGAAAACGGAAAAGGGGCUUUGCAAACAGGAUAGCAUGCCUAUCCUACCCAGCUGGAAGAAGAAUGCAGGUGCAAAGAAGUACAGCCCUCCACCCUAUUCUAAACAGCAAACGGUGUUCUGGGAUACUGCCAUAUGA